AACAGUCCUAUGUGUUCGCAGCCAACUUUGCGCGCAAAACAGCUGUUUGCGUGGUGAAUACGAAUCGGCGAUACUGUUUCACAUUCGUAAAAUGGCGUCGGAGGUAGCGGUUGAACAACAAGACCAAGAACUUGCUAUCAAACAAUUCAUUGAUCUCUGCAACAAUUUAGGCGCCAACUGCAAUACAGCAGCAGCAGCCGCUGCCGUCGCCACCAACUCCAACUCCAACUCCAACUCCAAUCACUCCUCGAAUGCCAGCACAUCUAAUUUUCAUGUCAGCAUCAAUACACAACAGCAAACGACAGCAACUGGCGCAACAAAAGCGGCAACAGCAGCCGCACCGGCACUAGCACCAGCAACAUCAGCCGCCACAUCAUCAUCAUCAUCAGCAGCAUCAUCAGCAGCAGCAACAUCGUCGUCAUUGCCAAUUAGGCGUCACAUUUCGCACACGACAGCCGUCAAGUUUCUGUAUGCCCGUAAAUUUGAUAUACCACGAGCCGUAUCUCUCUAUGAGCAGCAUGAACAGAUACGCCAACGGGAAUACCUUUAUAACAUUGAUGCCAAUGUGGAGCCGCUGCGUUCCGAGCUGCAAACGGGCAAGUUCACAAUAUUGCCUGCCCGCACGUCGAGCGGAGCGGCCAUUGCGCUCUUCACGGCCAAUCGGCAUAGUCCAUUGAACGCCUCGCAUACGACCACAUUACAGGGCAUCGUCUACCAGUUGGACUGUGCGCUUCAGGACACGGAGACGCAGCGUGCCGGACUCGUCUUCAUCUACGACAUGAGCGGCUCUAAAUAUUCGAAUUUUGACUAUGAUCUGUCGCAGAAGAUUCUCACGCUGCUGAAGGGCGGCUAUCCGGCACGGCUGAAGAAAGUGCUCAUUGUGACGGCGCCGCUGUGGUUCAAGGCGCCAUUCAAGAUACUUCGCCUGUUUGUGCGGGAGAAGCUGCGCGAACGAGUGUUCACUGUAUCGGUGCCGCAGCUGAGCCUGCACGUGCCGCGCAAGGCGCUGCCUGUGCAUCUUGGCGGCACGCUGGAAAUCGAUCACGCCACAUGGUUGCUAAAUUGCCGCAAAUCGAUGACGAAUCGUGAAGACGAACUGCUUGCCAAUAUAGUCGGUGUGGGCGUUGGCGUUGGUGUGGGCGUGGGCGUGGGCGUGACAGCCGCAACUACAAGCACAGCAAACGCAGCAAACACUUCGACCGCAGCGUCAGCGACGCCGCUCACCAACGGCAGCAGCGCUGCCAGCGCCGUAGCAGCAACAAUCAUCAGCGCCGUGCAUCAGUUGGCCGAAAGCAACACAACAGUCGUCACCGUUAGCGGGGAGCAGCGAACGGGCGGCGGCGACGGCGGCGGUGGCAGCAGCGAGGAAUCGGAACCCAACGAGAACAUCACAAUUAACGGACUGAGCCCCAGUCAUCGGACAGGUGCGUCUGCGGCGACGGCUACGGCUGGUGCUCUGCUCAAGCUCAAUACCAGCGGCAUUCAGCAGACUAACGGAGCUGCAGGUGGCAUUGCUGCAACAACAGCAGCAGCAGCAGCAGCAGCAACAGCAGCAGGGGGCCCAGCAGCAGGAACAACGACAACGGCGACGACAGCCGACAGCGCUGUCAAUGGCAGCGCCACUGGCGUUGCCAGCAACGGCAGCGCCGGUGAGUUUUGGUCGGAGAAUCCGCCAAGCAGCGCCUCAUCCGGGUUCAGCGAUGAUGACAGCCUGGCAGGACAGGAGGGCGAUCCCAAAACGAUCGACCAAAUCGUUCAAAUGGUGCGCGAGCGCGGACGCCAGGGCCUAAUCAAAGAGUAUGCGGACAUCAGGAAUCGGGCGCCCGAGGGCACCUUCCUGCAUGCGCGCAUGCGCAACAAUCUGACCAAAAAUCGCUACACAGAUGUCCUCUGCUACGAUCACAGUCGCGUGGUGCUGGCUCGCGAGGACGAGGACGAGCUGUCCGACUAUAUAAAUGCCAAUUUUGUUGAUGGCUAUAAACAGAAGAAUGCCUAUAUUUCAACUCAAGGUCCAUUACCAAAGACAUCCCAGGACUUUUGGCGCAUGAUCUGGGAACAACAUUGCUUAGUUAUAGUUAUGACAACGCGCGUUAUGGAGCGCGGACGUGUUAAGUGCGGCCAAUACUGGGAGCCGACUGAAGAUAGUUCCUUGGACUUUGGCAAUUACCAUGUGCGAACAAUAAGCGUCGAGAGCAAUGAGGACUACACCGUUGCAUCCCUAGAAUUGAGAAACCUAAAGACUGACGAAAUUCGCAAUGUGUCACAUUGGCAGUUCACCAGCUGGCCGGACUAUGGUGUGCCCAGCUCAGCGAUGGCCAUGCUGAACUUCUUGCAGAAGGUGCGCGACAAGCAGGCGCAACUGGUGCGCGCCCUGGGCGAUACCUGGGCUGGUCAUGUGCGCGGUCCGCCCAUUGUGGUGCACUGCAGCGCUGGCAUUGGUCGCACCGGCACGUUCAUUACGCUGGACAUCUGCAUAUCACGUCUGGAGGAUGUGGGCACGGCGGACAUACGCGGCACAGUUGAGAAGAUACGUUCGCAGCGCGCCUACUCCAUACAAAUGCCGGAUCAAUAUGUGUUCUGCCACUUGGCGCUAAUCGAGUAUGCCUAUUCGCGGGGCAUGCUGCAAACGGUCGAUCUGGCGGGCUUCGAUGAGCGGGAACAGGACUCCGAGUAGGGCUUCAACACACACACAGAAACACACACACACACACACACACAAGCAAAUACACAAUCCAAAUUGCAGCCACAAGGAAUACAUAUUGUAUACAGAUUACUUAUAUACCAGCUUUUUUUUUUAUAACUAUU